CCGAGAACAAACCAAUUUCUCUAUGCCACAGACGCCAAAUGUCGCCAUCGAUCAAUGACAUUUUGUGUAGUCGAAUUUAUUGAUAUAAAGCGUUAAUGUAAAUAAUAAACAAUAUCAUCAUAAAAGUCGGCUUCCAGUCGAUAUGUAUGCCAAGGGCAAGGGCUCUACGGUGCCUUCGGACGCUCAGGCUCGCGAGAAAUUGGCGCUCUAUGUGUACGAAUACUUGCUUCAUGUCGGUGCGACCAAAGCGGCUCAAACAUUUUUGUCAGAAAUACGAUGGGAGAAGAAUAUAACACUGGGCGAGCCGCCCGGGUUCCUCCACUCGUGGUGGUGCGUGUUCUGGGACCUGUACUGUGCCGCGCCGGAGCGACGGGACACUUGUGAGCACUCAUCAGAAGCGAAGGCUUUCCACGACUAUGGUUUUGUCAAUUCUGGUUAUGGAGUCAACGGUAUCGGACACAACGCCGGCCCGGCGCCGCCCAACGACGGCAUGGGUGGCGGAGGCAUGCCCCCUGGAUUCUUCCCCAACUCUCCACUCCGACCGUCACCGCCCGCACCGCAUCCCGGAUCUCAGCCAUCUCCCCACGGACCACAACCACAGCUAAUGGGCACUGGACAACCGUUUAUAGGACCUUGGUACUCCGGUGGAGGACCGAGAGGAGCCGUACGGAUGGGCAUGGGCAAUGAUUUUAAUGGGCCUCCAGGUCAGGGCAUGAUGGGCAAUUCUCUGGAGCGGGGCGGCGGCGGAGUGCUGGGCGGGCCGCGCAUGACGCCGCCGCGGCCCGGCAUGGGGCCCAUGAGCCCGGGCGCCUACGCCGCCGGCAUGCGCGGCCCGCCGCCACAGGGACCAGGUAUGCCACCAAUGGGUAUGGGACCUCGAGGCGCGUGGGCCGGGGGUAGCGGUGGCGGCGGCGGCGGCGGCGCGGCCCCGCUCAACUACUCAGGGGGCUCUCCGGGCGCGUACGGGGCCCCGCCGGGCAGCAACGGGCCCCCGGGCCCACCGACACCGAUCAUGCCAAGCCCACAAGACUCGUCCAAUUCCGGGGGCGAGAACAUGUACACACUGAUGAAGCCGGUGGGUGGAGCGCUGGGGGCCGAGUUCCCUCUGCCCGCGGACCACGGGCCGGCGUCGCAGCACCUACCCCAGCAGCCGGCCACGGAAGGGCUGGGGGGAGUCGACGGCAUGAAGUCGUCGCCCGGAGGCGUGGGAGGGGGAGGCCCGGGAACCCCCCGGGAAGACUCUGGGUCGGGAAUGGGAGACUACAACUUAAGUUUCGGUGGCCCCGGCGGCGACCAAAACGACCAAACCGAGUCGGCAGCGAUUUUGAAAAUAAAGGAAAGCAUGCAGGAGGAGGCCAAGAGGUUCGAGAAGGAUCCCGAACACCCGGACUAUUUUAUGCAGUGAACCGUUCAUUUUCGAAAAUAACUGACGCGCCGCCGACUUGCCGAGAAAAAAAGUAUUUUUUUUUUCUUUUAAUUUUUUUUUACCGUCUGAAAGAUACCGUUACCGAAGUUUUGGUACGUUCGGUUUUUUUUGUAGUUCGGUAUCGGUAAUACCGAAGCUCUUUCGUAUUCAAGUAGUUCGGUAAUACGGUAAUACCGAAACUCUUACAUAAUCAAAAUAAAAUCUUUUUAUUGACAACUUGAGUAUACAAAACUGGUAUUUUUUUAGAUACGGAUUUUUUGGUAUUCGGUAAUGGGAAAUAGUUCGGUUUCGGAGUUUGAAGUGUUGAGACUUUUCGAUAUCAUUUUUCUAUUGGUAUCGGUAUUUUGGAUACCAAGUUUUUUGGGUAUCGGAUUUUUUCGAUAUCGAUGUAUAAAUACCGAAACCGAACUAUUUUCGUGUAAAAAUUUUAUACGAAAUUUUCAUAUGCAUUGCAAAGCUAGUUAAAUUAUAAAUUCGGUAUGAUUUUUUUUUAAUAAAAAAUAUGUGAAAUUGUAUGAUCUCAAAAUUAUACAUUUUUGGUGAGUUGGCGCGCGUUCUGAUUUGCGUUCCGACGGUCUGAUGGUAAGAAAAUCAUGUAUUUUUCAAAAUACCCUUUUCCUUCGGAGUUUUCCUUUGCACAAUUAUUUAUUAUUUUUAAUUUAGCCCGGUGUAGUAUAUUCUUUUUUUUAAUAAUAUGUUUCUCGGAUCAAUGUCAGUUGUGUUACAUAUUUUUUUCUUGAAAAGAAGAUAAAUAAAUUAGUAAAAAUUCACAUAGGAAGAUUAUUUCAUAAUAUUAUGGUCAUUUAUAAACUUUGGAAUACAAUAAGACUUUUUAAUGUUUGCAGCUACGUACAAAAAUAUUUUAAAAAAUAAUAUGUAACAUAAUUGUCAAAAAAAUACCCAAAUUCUGGUGGUAGGGUGUGAAAUUGUCAAAUGGAUUUUGUUAACGCUUUUGUCAGUCAGUAAUGAUAUUGUCAGUCAUUAACGACAUUGUCAGUCAAUAACGGCCAAGUCGUUUUUGUAUAGAAAAUGUAUACCGUUGUAAUUUUGUAUUUUGACUGACAAUGUCGACAUUUGACGUGACUAUGUCAUAUGUUGUCACAAGUUAAUUUAAAAAUAAUUAAUUUUGAUUUAUUUAUUAAAUAUGAUUUUACUGAAAAAUAAAUUAUUUAAUGCGUGAUUUUUUUAAUUUAAAAAUGUAAUUGAAAUUAUAACAAAAUAGAGUCUGUAUGUUUGUCAAGCCCUACCAUCAGUAAAAGUGAUGAAUUAUGUAUUAACAAUAUUUAAGUUAUAUAAAAAAAGGAUUUUUUAUUUCGAAUAAAUUUAUUAUGUAUGUACUAGUUAUGUAAAUGUCUUUAUUUUUUAAAAACUAAUUUUUUGACUAUGAACUUAUUCUCGAAAAGGGGCUUCGGUUGGGGGAAAGGGCUGAGUUUCAAUUAUUUUCAAAAUUUUUGGGAUUUUUUUGGAUCUUUUUCAAAAUCGUAGGUCGACCGUGGUCUCGCUAUUUGAACCGAAAUUUUGCCUCAAUUUAGCCACUUCACUGUCCAAAAUUCAGGCACAAUGGUUAAACACGCUUUACUACAAAAACUUAAACAUCUGUUGAACACAUGUCUAAAAAAUAUGUCCACAAAACGGAUCUUAUUUCAACGUCAUAAUCUGUCAUUUAGACAAGUGUUCAACUGACGUUUAAAAGUUUUUGUGGUACGACGGUCAGUGUGUAUCACAUAUGACUCCUGGGACAGGGAAGUUAUUAAACUACAUAUACAAGCUGUUGAUUUGCAUCCGUGCCAUAGUCAAGGACGUAAUUAUGCUAGUGAUUCUCGACCCAAAUCAACAAACAAAUUGGUACGUAUUUUAUUUAUUUUUUUCCGAAUUCCGUCUAUGUCAUCUAGCCGUAUUUAAACUUAACUUACUGGCCUUAAAACCGUGCUGCGCCCUCACACAAACGCAAACACAAAGAAUACGCAACGAUCAUUCGUAAAUUUCAUUCAUAAAAUUGGAUUACUUCUGAAAUACUACGACAUUACAAUGACAAAAAAAGUAGUGCAUAUUAGUUAUUUCCGAUCUACUGUAAUUCCAAUCGAUUAUUUACGUACUUUAUGUCGUCCUCCUGAACUAUGGCACAAAUGCAAAUCAACACCUUGUAUUCUACAGUAUAAGACUAUCCUCUCGAAAGAUUAAGAAUGCUUGGCCCCUUAAAGAAGGCAACCGAAGCCGUCUUUUUUUUUUAAUAUAAAAUACACAAUAUUUUAAGAAAACGACAUAGCGCACCGAUUUUUAUCAGUUUUUUUGUGCGUUAAUAUGUAUUUUGAAAUUGUUUUUUUUUUGGGCUGAAGAGGUGUGAAUCCUAAUUUUGCUUGUGGGGUGCUUACUUAAAGAAACAGGUUACCGGUACAGACAAACCUGUACGGGUAAGUACCGAUCAGUGCAGGUAUAAUAUUUCAAUAUAAUCCUAUUGAAACAGAAACAGGUUUACCUGUUUCUUUAUAAGUGAAUAGGAUUGUAUUGAAAUAUUAUACCUGCACUGAUCGGUACUUACCCGUACAGGUUUGUCUGUACCGGUAACCUGUUUCUUUAUGUAAGCAUCCAUAUAUUAAAAUCAGUAUAUAUCUUCAUCACGCCAUCACGCGUGGGUUUUUGUCACUAUCCAGCUAUUGAAAGCAGUAAUCUGUGGACGCGGGUAAAAACAUCUUUGGCAAUCGUUAGACGUAUUCAGAAGUUAGAAAGUCUGACAAUACUCUUACAAAGGGGUAUCGUGUUGCCCGGGUAACUGGGUUGAGGAGGUCAGAUAGGUAGUCUCUCCAUGGCACACUGGUAUUCAGCUGCAUCUGGUUAGACUGGUAACUGACUCCAAUAUACUUGGGUAAAGGCUAGGCAAAUGAUGAUUUUUCAAUUUAUCAUUUUUUUUAACUGUCACCAUUCUUGCUAGAUUAGAACUGGUUAUUUGUCUGUGUAAAACCUAAAAAAUUAGGAAUCAUCACUUCAGCUCAAAAACGAUCAAUACUUCUUCCACAUUUUUAAAUCGAGAAAAAAAUAUGGUAAAUUAGUUUUUAGCAUUACAUUGUUUUAAGCUCUUAAUGUUCCUAGAUUUGUAUUUUUUUUUAAUUUAUAAGGACGCGAUUUUUAAAGGAAUUUUUAAUUAUUCAAUGUAUCGGUGCGUCAGGCGGGAUCGUUUUUGGGAAGCGAACCUUUUUCAAGAUGGCCGUUUGACAGCUUAGAUGUCAAACUGUCAGGUAAUGUCAAAAAUUGUCUUUUAUCUGGUUAAUGGAUGGAAUAUGGAAGGGAAGAUAGAUCAGUUGCCUUAUGGUAUGUUUUCAAUAUUUUUGAUGGUUUAUGCCUUUGGAAUUACAUAAAAAUUGACAUAAGUAUAUCGUCAAUUUUGAGGUAGUUUUAUAGUUUCCAUACACAUUUUUAAAUAGAUAAAAUUUCGUGAAUUAAAAUUGUGCGUGCCAAUAUUUAAAUCACAUUUACAGUUUUACUCUUUUCUAGUUAUACAAAAAAUAAAGUUCUUCAUUAAUAAGUGAGUUUAUCCGGAAGUCGCUGGAUGCAGGUCGCCUCCAACAGGUAUCUGUGGAGAUCUAAGGGGGAGGCCUAUGUUCAGCAGUGGACGUCCUAUGCCUGAGAUGAUGAUGAUGAUGAUGAUGAAGUGAGUUUCCCAAAGACGGUGUCGCGUCAGUUUUUUUAUGUUCCGAAGUGCGAUAGAAUUAUUGGAAGUAAGUGUCGAUAAUUCCUCUCACUCCGGAACAAGCAUUUAUUCAUGUUUAAUAAAUUAUAUCGAUAUACAGAUAUUGUCGCGCGGUAACCACUAUGUUUAGUAAUAGCGGGCUAGGGCCGCACAAAACUAUCGAUAUCGAGAAAUACAACAAACAAAACAAAAGUUUUUAUUCAUCGACAAUAUCGAUAACUUUGCCCGUCCCUAGUCAAGGUGGAGAUUUUUAUGCAGAAAAAUUUUAUACCGUGAGAUAGUGAUGUGUUGUAGGUUUCUUUUCAUUCUGGUAUUUUUCAUGUAGUAUAGGUAUUUUUUUUUCUUUCGGGGUGUGUGGAAAUCUGUAUAAAUUAGAUUUUACUAGAGAUUUUUCGGAGAGGUAGUUCUUAAGUUAUAUGGGGCGUCGCCCUGUCCAUAGCUCUGCGCAAAGUUGGGUUCAUUUAGUGGCCACUAGUGAUGUGACACCUCUAUAUCGAUAACAAUUGAAUCUCGACUCGAAUUCGGACAAAAAAGUAUUUUUCGUUUAUUAAAAAAAAACGUGUAAAUAAAAUCAAACCUUUUGGAUGGAGAUUAUUUUUCAAAUUUUUCUUUUUUUGUUUUUAUUUUAAUUUUAACUUUUUUUAACACUAAACGGACCCAAACAUUGUAUAUUACGCAGCGUUGAAUUAAUUAGGAAAUAAGAAUUUAGUGUUAACACAAAAUAGAUUUCAACAAUGCAAAAAAAAGUUUUUUAAAAAAUAUUAUGAUUAUUUUUUUUUGUUUAAUAAUAUUAAUUGAUUAAUACAAGUAGCGUGAGGUUGUAUCUUUGUUUAAAGUUAAGAUAUAAUUAUUUCCUUUAAUUUGUCACUUAGAUAAAUAAAAUAUUUUUUUCUUAUCUUAUUGAUGUCAUGUUUAUAUACAUACAUAAAUAGUUAUUAUAUAUUAAAGAUA